AUGACAGUGGAAUACAGGGGAAACGCUAAAAAACGCCCCGAGUACGGUUUCUUUGUUCUAAUCCACGGACGAGAGAAGAAUCAAGGUGUGAGUCCAAUAAUAUACAUUGAAGAAGAGGAGUGGACGAUAUUUCUUAUGCAUAGUCAUUUGAUUAAUAUGACGGCUCUAAUUGUUAAAGACACAAAAUAUAAACUGAACCAGGCGCGGAAUAUUCAAGACGAGCACAGACAUAGCAUUGGAUAUGACCUCGGUACUAUCGCCGCUGGAAUCCUGGAACGGUUCCUGCUUAUGCUGAAGCUGUAUAGGAAAUACUCGUCCAUACCUGAUUUGAAGGAAAAGAAGUAUUCUAUAGAGGAAAUGAUGAAUAUACUGGCUGUUAUUCAAGGUGCAUAUAACGAAAUAAUUCUAGAAAAGUCCAUGUUCUUCCAAACUCUGAAAGCGUAUGAGGCACUGGAUCCCGACCACGUCGAAAAGGGCAGGAUGGACCGUCUGAAGAGUAAGAAGCCUUCAUGGUUCAAUAGAAAUAGGCCUAAGUUUAGGCGAGCUGGUCUGUGGAAACCUGGUGUGGAUCAAUUUGACAUAUAA